GGCACUGCAGGGAGAGGGGGCACAGGGAGAUCGUACACCCGCGAUAUCAUUACGUGUUCGUGCCGUUCACCCAGGUACAGUUCGCCGUGCCUCCUGGGGAAAACCUGGCCUCCCUGCACGCCGGAUGUACCCGACGUUUCGUCACAUCCACUGCACACAGAGCGCCGUGCCGUGUGUGAUAUAGGGUGCCGGUGCAUUCUGUUCGAUCUGUCAUUGUACCGGCCAGACUACCGCACGAGCGAAGCACAGGCAAGGACAGGCGAAGGAAACAGCUAGCUGCUACCUUGGACGCCGCGUACAAGCAUGCGGGAAACGGCGAAGGAGAUGCCAGAAAAGAAGGGGAGGGGCAAAAUCAAGAUGGACAACCUGGAAAUUCCACCUGCCGAAACAUCUCCUAACCUGGACCCGGGUGUUCUGACGCCGGGGGACGUCUGUCUGCCCGGGUUUGUGACACAGAACGGCACCGAUCACACAGCAGAGACAACCAGCGGGCCCAAAACCCAGUCGCGGCGGCCAACGGAACUAAACGUGAGCGACAGCUCUCUCAAGUCUUCCCGAGCGCGAGUGCCAAAGGCCUACGAGAACACCUCGGCCAAACAGGCCACGACUGCGGUCGUACACAUCCCGGAGACCCGGAAACUACAGUACCUCAUGCCGCCGGAGCCGCAUCCACCGAUCGUUAAACCACAGAGAGCCAACGACUCAGGGGUGGAGAGUUGCGAGAGUGAACCGGGCACGAAAUUAGGAAGUACGCAAGAACCUCAGAAACCUAUCGUCUUCACAUUCGAGGUACCUUACGCGUUGGUUCAGCAGCGGUACGACCAGCCGCACUUGGUUGUUUUUGACAGCGAUGAAAACAACAAGGACGACGCGCAAACACAAAAGACAUCCGGUACCGAGAGUAAAGAGUCUGUGGUAACUGUGGGUAGCCGUGGUGCUGGAACGCGAUCCAAGGAGCGCAGAUAUUGUGACGGCUGCACGCUUACCAUAGUCCUGAUUGUCAUCAUCGUGGUGGGAAACAUCAUUGGCGCUGUGUACGUCUACCACAAGUAUAACAUGAUCAACAGCAGUUUACCAGCCACAAUUUCUCCUGUCUUAACGACAAUCCACACGACUCAAGAGGCAGGGCGACAUCACGACGACCCGCCGACGACAUCCUCAACAGUUAGAGAUGCAGACGACACAAUCUGGGUCAGAUUUACUAGCGCAGUUACCUCAGCAGACUUCCGGUGAC